AUGUUAUCCUCAACGCGCAGCAUCAUGGACCAGCACCCGGAUCGCGAAUCCUUCUACCGCAAUCUAUCCUUACUCGCCACCGCUGCCUUGGCCGUGCACGUCUCGUGGACAUACGACAGCCCCGGCGACUGCGACUCCCUCGCCGGCUGGCUGGCCUCCGCGAUGCCCACGAUACUGAGCGGGCUGAUCCUACUCGGUACCUUCUUCGUGACAGCCGACGAUAUAGCUUCGAUUCAACCCACGCGAUUCUUCAGCCUCACCGAAACCUCUCCGCACAGCGGCCCCGAGGGGGAAAGGAUCCGGACAUCUGGCAACCCUGAUCGAGAAGAUCGUCAUCUUUUUUACGUCCAGGUUGUUGCGUUUGCAGUGGGCCUGGGCGUCUCCAUCGAUCUGAUUGACGGAUGGUAUCGGCUUUGUCAGGCCGCGUGGGCCGCGUACGCGAAGAGCCAGCCCCACAGUCUUCUGAUUUUGGUGACCGUUUUGCUUCUUAACUUGGGCGUUCUUUUACUCAUGACUUGGAUGCCGAUAUUCGGUUUGCUGCAGACUAAACAGGAUCUCGGCGGCCGGCUGCCUACCGAAGGUUCUGAGGAGAGGGCUAGGCUGAGGACUCUUAUUGCGGCGGCGGAGGCUUAUGAAGAGGAUUUGCGAUCGCAGAUGGAGCCGUCACAUUCGAAGGUGCAAGUCGUUGGCGAAUUCCUGGACCGGUUGCGGAAGUGGCAGAGCAGCCGUCAUUGA